ACUGCAGUAGCAGCCCGCAGCACACGCAGCCCCUUCUGUCCCGAGGGACUCCUGCUCCCCAGGAGCACCAGGGCACGUCACUGCUGGGUAUUUGAAGGCUCCUGGCACAGUUUCCUUCGCAGUGGGGUAAGCAGUCUAGCAGGUGUGUUGGGAGUAAAGCCGCGCUGUGAAGAAGGUGAGCUGAAAGAAAACCCUCCUGCGACCCAAAGAUGCCCAAAUUUAUUGUUAACACAAAUGUAAGCAAGGACAAAGUUCCUGAAUCUUUCACAGGAGAGCUCACCCAGCAGUUAUCAAAGGCAAUGGGAAAACCAGCACAGUAUCUAGCAAUACAGAUCUCUCCUGAUCAGGUGAUGUCCUUCGGCGGCUCCACAGACCCCUGUGCUAUGUGCUUUCUUUACAGCAUUGGGAAGAUAGGAGAGCAGGAGAACAAGGUCUACUCCAAAUUGCUCUGUGACCUGCUGAACAAACAGCUGAAAAUACCAUCUGACAGAAUUUAUGUCAGCUUCUUUGAGAUCAGUGCUGCCAACGUGGGCUGGAACAACACCACCUUUGCUUGAGGUGUUCUGGGGUGGUGACAGCUUAUUCCUGAGCACUCACCAUGAUUUCUGAGCACUGCAGCUCUAGCUGUGUUGUCUGCGUAUACCACAAGUGUAAAAGCCAGCGGUGCUACCCACUGCUGUCCUAACAUCUUGUCUGCUGCCUCAAUAAAAGUAGAA